AUGCAACGGCUGGAGUUCUUGCCCAACUCGCCAACGCUGAUGAACGCGGGACGGGAGUUGCAGCAACUGUCGGCCUGCUUCGUGUUGCCGGUGGAAGAUUCGCUGGACUCAAUUUUUACCAAGGUAAAGCAGACCGCCCUCAUCCAUAAGAGUGGUGGCGGGACCGGUUUUGCCUUUUCACGGUUGCGCCCGGAGGGGGAUGUUGUUGGUUCUACCGGUGGUGUCGCCUCCGGCCCGGUCAGCUUCAUCAACGCCUUUGACGCUGCCACCGAUGUGGUCAAGCAGGGCGGUACCCGGCGCGGCGCCAACAUGGGAAUAUUGCACGUAACGCAUCCGGACAUCAUGGCGUUUAUUACCGCCAAGGCAGACGGACAGCACUUGAGCAAUUUCAACAUCUCGGUGGCCGUUACCGAAGAGUUCAUGCAGAAGGUACAGAACGGCGAGGACUACGACCUCGUCAACCCAAGGACUGACGCCAUCGUCGGCCAACUCAACGCCCGCGAUGUGUUUACCAGCAUGACCGAGCUGGCCUGGCGCACCGGAGACCCCGGCAUCGUAUUCCUGGAUCGCAUCAACCGGGACAAUCCGAACCCGCAGCUCGGCGACAUUGAGUCGACCAACCCCUGCGGCGAACAACCGUUGCUUCCGUAUGAAUCUUGCAACCUCGGCUCGCUGAAUCUGGCGCGAAUGGUUCGUUACACCGAUGAUGACGUGGAAAUGGACUGGCAGCGCAUGGCCGAGGUGAUCACCGCUGCCGUGCACCUGCUCGACUGCGUUAUUGACAUGAACGAUUACCCCAUCCCGGAAAUUGCCGAGAUGAGCCGCAAAACCCGGCGCAUCGGUCUCGGGGUCAUGGGCUGGUCAGAUUUGCUGAUCCAACUCGGCGUCCCCUACGACAGUGAGGAAGCCCUGGAGUUGGCCAAAGAGGUAAUGCGUCGUAUCCAGCAGGAGACUUACCGGGCAUCCGGCGAGUUGGCGAUGCGCCGUGGUGUGUUCCCGGAAUGGGAAUUCAGCGUGUACAACGACGGGCCCGGGUCGCGACCGAUGCGAAACUCCGCGCCAGUAACCAUUGCCCCAACCGGAACCAUCAGCAUCAUCGCCGGCGCGUCCAGCGGGAUCGAGCCACUGUUCGCGUUGUCCUAUGUCCGCAACGUAAUGGACAAUACGCGUCUGGUAGAAGGAAACACGUACUUUGAAGCCGUUGCCCGCCACGAGGGUUUCUAUUCGCCUGAGCUGAUGGAGCAACUGGCUGCCAGCGGCUCGCUGGACGGCCUGGCGGUGCCCGGCUGGGUAAAGACUGUGUUCCGGGUCUCCCACGACAUCAAUCCUCAAUGGCAC